AUUAAAUGCCCCGAGGUACGAUAUCGUCAUGUGAGUUGAAUAAAUCAUCUCUUCUUCUCAUCAUCGCACACAGCUCUCUAGUUUUAAUAGAGGUUUCGGGGGACUCGCGAACAUGGCGUCGAUAGACACUCAGCACAAGGACGUCGUCCAGCCCAGCAUGGUAGCCGAGCGGCCGCCCGAAGUUGGACCUGAUUUCAACUCCGACAAUGGCCUUCUAGAAAGCAUUGGAUAUAAACAGGUAUGUAGGUGGGCGUCGACCUCGAAACCUCUCACGGAGGAGUACGUGAAAGGAGAUGUUUACCGUACUAGGAAUUUCGCCGCGAGUUUACACGAUGGUCUACUCUCUCGUACGCCAUAUCCAUCAUGGGCGUGCUGGGUUCAGCAUGUACCCCUGGCUGAGUGGAUAAUAGGGUGGUCCAAUUUCCUCGGGCAAACCGCAGGAGCUGCGUCACUCGGGUACUCAAUUGCGCAGAUGAUCCUCGCAGCGGUCGUAAUCGGUUCGGAGCAGGAAGAUGGGAGUUUUGCGUACACUCCGACAGCGGCAGUGACCGUAGCGCUCAGUAUCGCCAUUCUCUUCGGUUUCGGCAUUGUCUGUUCCUUUCCUACAAAGAGUCUUUCGCGGAUUAUCCAAUGGUUUGCCCCUAUUAACCUCAUCGGCUCAAUCGCAAUCUCCAUUACAAUCCUGGUCCUCUUGCCAGAGAAGCCGUCCGCCCGCCAGGUAUUCGGCGAGGUUGUAGACGGUUCAGGCUGGAACAGCAAAGGCUUCUCCUUCCUCAUCGGCUACCUCAGCGUAGCUUGGACAAUGACCGAUUACGACGCCACCGGCCACAUCUCAGAGGAACUCCACAACGCUUCCAUCGUCGGCCCGGUAGCCAUAUUCCAAGCCGUCCUAGUAACCUGGUUCUUCGGCUGGCUUCUCAACGUCGCCCUCGGCUUCGGCGCAGGCGACAUCGACGCCCUCCUGUCGACCCAAAUGGGCAACCCCGCCGCGCAGGUGUUUUACAACGCCGGUGGCAAGCGCGGGGGAUUGGCGAUGUGGUUCUGUGUAAUCCUGAUCCAGUUCUUCACGGGGAUCACAGCGCUGCUCGCUGAUACUAGGACCUGCUUUGCUCUCGCGAGGGACAGUGUGUUUCCAUUUUCGGAAGGACUGAAAAAGAUGAAUAAAUAUACGCAGACGCCAUUGUAUAGUGUCUGGGCGACAGUAAUCUUUUGUUGUCUGCUUAAUCUUAUUGGAUUGGGUGGGACACAAACGAUUAAUGGGAUCUAUGGAGUUACGGCCCCGGCGAUGGAUCUGUCGUACAUCGCAAUCAUCGCGGCGAGGGUGUACUACGAAAAGGAACAUCCGAUUGCCAAGGGGCCGUUCCAGUUGGGACGGUGGCAGAAGCUCAUCAACUGCAUUGCGAUAGCAUGGGUGCUGUUCAUAUCGACUAUUCUGUUCUUCCCACCGAGUUAUCCAGUCACGGCCGUCAAUAUGAACUACGCUGUGGCUAUCGCGGGUUUCAUCGCCAUUUUUGCGCUGUCUGGGUGGCUUCUUUCGGCGAAGAGAUAUUACACCGGGCCGCGAGUAGAGGGACAGUGACAUGAAGAUGGACAUAAUUUCGAGACGGAUCAAGAAACCCAUUGUAGGGCUUGAAAUGGAUUGAUGUACUUUAAAAGGUCAUAGACUGUUCUUCUCCCAUGGUUCCUCCCUUCUAAACCUCUGUCUGCCGACCAACAUACCCCAGCUCUCACAUCUUCCCACUUUCCACCUCCGAUCAUUAUAUUGCUGCGAUCGUUUCUCAUAUGCGACCAUGCCAAGAUGAGGAAUCAAUGUCAAGAGCGUUCGUGAAAGGGGCUGAAAUCCCUUGAUGAUCUUCUGAGGCAUCUCUGGGACACAUAAAUUGAAUGUCUGGGUGACAGAUGAAUAGCUGAAACGAGAAAAGCCUGAGACAGAAUGCACCAGAGAAUCCCAUUUCAGUCGCGCUUCAA